UGUCAGUACAGCAAUACACGUGACCAGACUCUAGCUAGUUGAUGUAAGGAGAGUCAAGUUCAAUGUGUGGGUUAGCCUUACUACAAUGAGGUGACUUUUUCCAACAGGAAACAUUCAUAUCUAAGUUUAUGACAGCCUUUGUAUCAAGCAGAUAUCAUCUCCCAAUGGAGACGAGUGGAUGUGACAAGUCCUUGUACCGAGCACCCAGCAUGUUCCGAGAUUUUAAACUCAAGAGGAAGCGUGUUCAAGACAUUUUUGGAAGCGACACUGAGUCUGGAACGUUCAACACAAAAUUGAACGAAUCCAGCGACUGUGACCGUCAGAGCGACGUGAGCAGUGAAAGUGUAGACAGUGCCUAUAUAUCUGACCGAGCCAGUGACAUCAGCGACAGACGCAGCAUUGACGAACCGCCAUUGAAAACGUGCCGAACAUCCGAAGAUGACAGUGCAAGAAAGUUCGAUCACUUCACACAGCAGAUUAAGAACUCUGAACCAGGUGGGACCAAUAAGAACUUGUCAAUGGGAAUGACCUACUUUGGUUUCCCUCCAGCAUAUAUGAACAUGUUGCAAAACCAUGGGGUGUCCCAGGUACCAGGACUUGUCCCCACUGGAAUGAGGUUCAUUCCAGUCAUGGGCACCAUGCCUGGCUUGAUGCCGGCAUCGCUGCCCAACAUGUCGACUCCUAUGUUUGUUGCAGCGCCCCCUUCUGGGUUCAUGUUUUCAAGCAGCGGGACGAUGAUGGAUAAAAAUGUGCCACUAUUCAACCUCCCAACCAACAAUGGAAGCCACAUGAACAUAGCCUCCGGAACUAGCCAACAGAAGCUGGACAGUUCGAGUAACUUCAAAUCUUCAAAGGCGACAGGGAAUGAAAAGUUCUGUAAGGAACAAGACUUUAUUGCUCAUUAUACAAAUGGCAAGUUUGUAUAUAGUGGUCACUUGGCUGAAAAGGACAUUCGGCCAAAUGACCGCUCGACGGACCAGUCAGAGCACAAAGACUAUGAAUCUGAUCCAGAAGAACAAAUGAUCUGUGCUAUUUGUAACGACAGGGCGACGGGUCUGCAUUACGGCAUCAUCACAUGUGAAGGUUGCAAGGGUUUCUUCAAGCGGACAGUCCAGAACAAGAGGGUGUACACAUGUGUGUCUGACGGCGACUGUGAAAUCAACAAGGCUCAACGGAACCGCUGUCAGUAUUGUCGCUUCAAGAAAUGUCUCCAGAUGGGCAUGGUCCUUGCAGCUGUGCGAGAAGACCGCAUGCCAGGUGGCAGAAACUCAGGAGCGGUGUACAAUCUCUACAAGGUAAAGUACAAGAAACACAAGAGACGCGAUGCAAGUGGGAGAAUGUACAAGCAGAGAGUAGCUCAGAUCAAGGUGAAUUGUGAUGGUCACAUCGCCACGGAGACAGUUACCGGGGGCUACAAGGAACCAAUAAACUGGUCGGCCGUUGCCGACAGAUCUCAGAACUUGCCACUCACUCAGACUCACUCUAUGAAAAACUCACAACCUCUUGUGAUGAGAAAUGCCGCACCACCGAUGACGAUAAAAGAAAACAUGCACAUGUUCCCAGGAAGUGAAAUGUAUGAUAGGAGAAGUGACACGCAGCACCGCAUUCUGACCACACAGGUCCUCACAGACACAGAGUCUCGCAUGAGUGUUGAAGACAGCAGUCACACGCUCGGAGACGAGCGAUCGUUCAUGGACUCCCCAGGUUCCUACCAGAGCACUGCUCUGAUGUCCCCCGUGUCCAACACAUCGUCGACGUCGUACCAAGCUCUCAGCCCUAACAGCAAUCCCGAUACGGAACAUCUCAUAGAUGAACUCAUGCAUGUUGACUCUUUACUAGGAAUUGCUGAAUCGUAUCGCAUCGAUCAGUUCGCAGGCAGCGAGGACUCCGUGGCUCAGACCUUGUGUAAAAUCGGGGACGAUAUCGUGGUGAAGCUGGUCCAGUGGAUUCGGCAGCUGCCGUUCUAUAGGGAAAUCCCCGUGGACGUUCAGUCCCAGAUUCUCACCAACAAGUGGCAUGAGCUACUCCUCCUGAUCAUGACAGCGUACGGAGCCGUGAACACAAAGCCCGAAGAUGAGACGCCGUCUUACAAUGACUUGUACCAACGAAACAUGCAGAAAAUGCAGUGGUAUCUGAACAACACCUUCGGGAAAUCGUUCUCCAUUGACCAGCUGCAUUCGGAGAUCGGUGACGUGAUGGAGAAGGUGACACACAUCAUGUCGUCCUUCUAUCAGAUGUCUCUGUCACUCCAGGAAUAUGUCUGCCUGCAGAUCAUCCUCCUGUUAAACCACAAUGAUGCAAAUCCCAGCCAGGUGAUGGAGAAGGUGCAGGAUCGCUACAUGACUGGGCUGCAGACGUAUGUCCACACACAUUACCCUAACGAACCAAACCGCUUUGGGGAGCUAUUGCUGCAGCUGCCACAGAUACAAGCUGCGUCCUCCCUGCUUCUGAAGAGCAAGAUGAUUUACAUCCCAUUCCUCCUCAACUCUUGAAUCAUCAUGUAAUCUACAUGUCGGUCAUUUCAUUGACAAUCUGGUUGGAGAACUGACAAGAUGGUGUUUUAUUAUGAAAACGAUGAAGAUCUUUGUGAAAAGUUUUGUAGAUUUUACCGAACAUCAAUGUCGAUACAUGAUCUGUUUGUAAAUAUUUAACAUAAACUUAUAUAGUUCGGUGAAAUUGUCAUCAUAAAAACGUCUUCAGAAAUGAAGUUUGUGCUAAUUUAUUUAUAUAUAUGUAACAUGUGAUAAAAAUGUUUUAUACAGUAGUGAUAGUUUUCAGAUAAAAGCAAGACAAUCUCAUUUUACUCCCAUGAUCAAGUUUCAAAAUAUAUUUAUUUUACAAAAAACAAUGAAGGAUGAAUUCAUCUUAUGAUCUGUAGGCUGAUGUAUACAAGAUCGAGUUUAGGUAAAGGGAGGUAAGCAGUGAUGACUCAAUCCAAGUAACCAUCUGCUAUGUCUGUGUACGUCUGCAAGAUCAUUCAGACCUUCACAUUUCAUUCUAGUUCUUAGUUUUGAAAUGGCAAACAGGUUCGAAUCCCAUGUUUGUUGGUUUGUCAGCACCAUGCCCAUACUCGUGGGUUUCACCAAAGUGGUAAACGUCCAAGACCUGCAUCACUUAGGGCAUCCUACCACAUCGAGCUGGCACGCUGUGAUACAACUAGAAUACUGUUCAAGGCUGUGUUAAACCCAACUCACUCACUCACUCACACUAAUGGCAGAUUGUUUAGGUCAUAUGAGCAAACAAUCAAACUCAGCUGAUGCUAAUAACAAAGCAGGUAGACACAAAACAUGCAUUGGCCACAAUUUUGUAUGUAAUGGUUUAUGGAAUCAACGGUCUGGAGGCGAAAAACACACAGAGUAAAAUAUUUUAGUUUUAUUUCCUUUGUCCAAUCUCCCGUAUUUAAAAAAAAGAUACAACUACAAAAUCUAAAGAAGUUAAAGUGACUUUAUACAUGAUUAAACGAUUGAAUAGAACAAUGACACUAAAUUCUAUAGAUACUAAUUUGGUUCAAAAGUCAUAUCUAGCAGAGAAUAAUAAUAGCUUUCUCAUAAGACCUAUGUGGACACACCCAAUGUAGAGAGGAUUAGGAGCCACUCCCAGAAUAUCAAAGUCUCCUGAUCAUGUAAGGCUCUUACCAGGCAAUACGUAUUUAGCAUCUAUUGAUGUGUGGUGUUAUCUCCGGACGUAAUCAAUACACUUCUUAUUUCGAUCAUCUUGACAUUCUCCAUGUUUGAUAAUGUCAUGUGUCAGUCCAGCUGUUAGCAUUGAAACUUAAAACUCUCAUUUAAAACUACUGAACACCUCAUUAUAUUCACACAUGGGCUAUACAUACAUGAAGACUGAUUAUAUUUUUUAUAAUUCCCAUUUAAUUCUAGAAAUAGUAAUAAUGUACGCUGGGUAUAUGUUUUUAAGGCAACGUUUAUUAGUACCAGCAGUUGCAUGUAUACUGAAUUCAUGUCUUUUUAAAGUUUAUAAGCGUUUUAUUUAUUAUUUAUGUUUUGAUCAUAAAAAGGACUAAAUACUUCAUAUAAAAAUGUUUUUGAAAGCAGUCACAUCUGAACACAGUGUUACAAUCAUAAACAUUUUUGAAAAGAUGCCUUGCUUGAAAAUGGUGUUAGGAUCUAUGCUGAAAUGAGGCCAUUGCAGUAAAAGAAAGAAGUUGUUAUCCAUAAAUUGUGUCUACUUUGUAAAUUAUAAUGAUUGUAAAAUUUAACAAUGUUGGCUGUGAAUUUAAAAGUUACUAUAUUCAUCAUUAUGUGUUAAGAAAUAAUAUAUAAAUGGAACGGAGUUUCUGUGGUGAUGUGUCUUCAAAUCUUAGAAAGGUCACAUCCAUCACUUCUGUGUUACUUUCCGUCUUCUUCAGCAUUACUUACAAGAUAUGAACUGUGGACAUGGGUCUUACAAGACCUGAUACUUGUGAAGAUGGUUGUAAACUGAAAAGGUAUUUUCUUAAUGCAUAGGCAUAUGCAGACUUCUGGAUAUACUCUUUUGCAAGUUUUAUUUGUUUGAUAAGAAAAAAUAAAAAUAAAAUAUAAUUUGCAUGUUGUCAAGUUUGAAAGAUAAAAUAGCCUUAUCCCUUACAGAAAAACAUCUAGUUUCUGAUUUAGUAUUUGGUUAAAAAAUGCCUCAGUUGAAGUUGGUUUGGGUUGUUAUGUGUGAGAAAAAUGUUAGGGAGUAAUUAUACCAAAUGCCGUUUUCAAGGUAUUUCAAUGAAUUUAGCUAUUUUAUUUAGAGAGAACUUUAAAAAAACUUAUCACGAAAUGAAAUGUAAAUAUUGACAUAUACAUGCAUUCUUCUGUGUAUUUUCAGAGCUGAAUAUUUUGUAUGAUGUUUUUUUUUCCAUCUUGACGUAAGAGUUGAUGUAUGUAACUCGUUGUGACUGUGACAGGGAAACACAAUGUUCAGUAUGUGGAAGUUAAGAGUAGAACGUGUCACACCUAUCCUAGUCCUCUUUCACUAUAUCAGUACGGGUGAAGUGCCUUGACGUUAUACUGAAAAAUGAUAUACUUUUAAAACAAAUGGGCCGUAAAAUCGUGUACCUAAUUGUAGAAAUCGGAUUACGAAUGUCCUUGUAUUCUUAUGUGUUAUGAAGCACAGGACCAUGAUUGUCUCAGAGACAGGUUAGCGGAAGGAUGAGGUAGGAUAAGGGCCCAUUUUGCCGCACUGGAAAUGUCAAAUUUGAAAGUUGCUGAAAGAUCUGAAAUUUUGUUAUGAAAGUUAUCAGACACAUUUUCAUAUGGCUGACAACACAACUUUUUCUGUCUUACACUUAGAGUUUUUUUUACCUUUGGUUUGAUGAAAUAAUGGCUAAACUGAGUAGAAACUGAUUUUUCAAUCUUCAAAGUUUGAUUCUCAUUCAUGUAUACACAUCUGAUAAAUUUCAUGAUUUGUACAGGUUUUAAACCCUUCUUUAACAAUCCAGAUCCCUUGGGCUAAAAUGGGUCCUUUUCAUAUUUUGUCCUUCUGUUCUUAAAGGGAGAUAACUUUCAGUGGGAGGUAACUCUCAUUGUGUUUGCAGCAAACUUUUGAUCUCAAGAUCAGUACAUAUAGUGUUUCCAGUGUAAUAUAUGUUUAUUUUUAUCAUUGAAUAUCGUGUCAUUUCAUCACUGUAGAUAUUUCAUCAUUCAGUGACAUUUGGUGAUGUAGAUAUUGAACUUUCAUGACAUCAGUAUUUAUCCUCAGUGCUCACACUUUUCAACAUUCAUGACAUAUUCUCCGUCAUUUCAAGAUAUUCAGAAUAUUAAUCGGGUUAGAAAACACAGACCAAUUCAUAUAUUCAUCAUGCGUAUUUUACUGUAACCAUGACAAUCAUAUGUGUGCCUUGCAUACAGAAUGUAGAAUAUUUAGAAUAUUUCAUCAAUCUGUUUAUUUUAAUGUUAUCAUCAGAAAGCAUUUUCACUGUUUGGAGUCCCCUAUUAAAUUUCUGACAUACUAUGGAUGACCCCAGUAGGAAGCAUGUGACUGUAAUUGUAUGGACACUAUAGAGUCCAUGGAUUGGCUGAAAACAGGAAAGGUUACUCGGGCAUCUGCACGUCACUUUAUUUUCUGAGUGUGUCAUUUUUAUUGCCAAUAAGGAAAUAUCUUUCAAUUUUCCAUAUCAUAUAAGGAAAAAAAUCUUCCAAUUUGCCAGGUCAUAUAAAGUAGACUAUGAUAUCUUUUAAAGGAACACAGACAUAUUGCGUUUGUUCUGGAGAGGGAGUUUUAAUGUGUGCCUAUUGUUUGGGGGUAUUUUGUGGGAAGAAAACAGAGUGAUGUUCCUCCCUAAAUAUAAAAUAUAAAUAUAAAAUAUACCCUUCAUGACUUCUCCCUUUGGAGAAGAGAGUGUGCCCGAGAAACAUGUCUUUAAUGCAGCUUUACAUAAACGACUGUAUAGUCAGGACUCCAAGUCAACCUUCCUCUAAAGAAUGUCGACAGGUUGUGUGUCAAUUCCUCACUGCAGCCUUAAACUACUGAUCAUGCAGUAGAUAUUUGUCAUCAAGUGCCUUUGUCUCCUUAUUCUUUCUCUAACUGAACGGAAAAUGUGUUCAAGGGGAGAUAACUCCAUUUACAUCAUAAUACACUUUGAGUGUCGGUUUAACAACCUAUUGUUUGUAUGGUGUGUUUAAAAUACAUGUAUGUGAGAAAGUUUGUUUUUUAUAUCUUUCUUGAAAAUUUCAUAUUUUUUAGAGAGAAAAAUGUCUGUCAUUGUAAUAUACUUCAUUGGUUAGCUCAUCCAGAAAUUGUAAUGAUAAUAUGCAAGAAAGAUUAAUUUUGUCAAUGCAGCGGUGUUCAGUUAGGAUGCCCGACUUGCCCGACCAACAUGUGCUGGGCAGUGGGAAAAUAUGAUUAAGUUGCCCUCAGGCGAGUAUGAACCUCAGCGGUGUUAACUCCAAAACUGAGAAGAUGCAUUGUGUGUUUGUCAACUGCAGAUGAAAUACCUGACUAGUAGUAGAGGGAAGAUACACCGAUGUAUCAGGAUGUUUUUACUUCUCGAUACAAGUAUCGAUCCCAAUCACACACAAAGUAAAAAGUAUCGAUUCUUACCUUCAAUGUAUUCUUCAAUAAAUGUUACCAAACAAUUGCUAGUGAAAAUGAGUAGUGAAAACGUAAAUAUUUCCAUCCAUUGCGCCAUACUUGACACUGCCAACUGUAAAUCGUUAGUGUGCCAGGUAUUUGUCUAUCCUGUCUAUGAAAAACAUGGCCCAUGCACCACAGAAAACUGCACAUGCAAGUAUCAUGAUACGUAUCGUAUCGUGAGCAAGGUAUCGUGAUACGUAUCGUAUCGCACAGUUUGUGUAUCAUCCCAGCCCUACCAACUAGUCAUUUAUUUAUUCUGCACAUCUCCCAUUAGCUGUUGCUUAAGAAGUAAGGUUUUCUUCUUUUCUGUGAUUGAGAAGGGCAAGCUGAAAAUCAGACAGGGCAAGGAAAAUCUUAAAGUUUACUUUCUCUUGGGCAAGUAGGAAAUGUUGGUAUUUGAACACCUUUGUCAAUGCAUUAGAAAGGGGUUUUGUCCAAGAAUUUAGAGUUUGUGUCUUAAUAAAUGUAAAGAUGUCUUCAGUCACACUAGGCAAAGUCUGAAACUAUUCCAGUAGAUAGUAGUUUUGAAUUGAUGGUAAAACACUUGUUAACCUUGUUGCCCACGUUAAUGAAUUAUAUCAAAUAAUGUAGGUAAUAUUAAAAUAUUUACAUAUAAGCUUCAACAACACAACAAAAAAACACUGCCCGCCCAUACUAUAUUUUUAAAAGCAAAUGCCUGAGAACCAAUUCUUUUAUUUUUUUAAGCCUUUAACUAGUUUAAAGUAGAAUGUUACUUACCACUGUAUUCCUACUUAAUUAGUUGCCUUGUUUCACCAAGUCUGGUAAAAUCCCUGAUUUGUUGAGUGGACAGAAACUAUAGAUUAUGACUAACCCCGGUAGGGGUAAACAUUUCAUUGUGAUAAUGAAGGCUGGUAGUUUAUGUAGUGGGUAGGACCUGCUGUCUCUGGCAGCAAGCCCUUGUGUUCAACUGCAACAAACUAAGAGUGGCUUGUCAACAUUGUGAAAACAAUUUAAUUUGGAAACAUUUUUAUCUUCUUGAGACUGAUCGUUAUGAGGACUACAACUUUGUAUUUUCAAAUAGAUACAGAGUUAUUUACCGUAUUGGAGGUGUUGAGCACUAGGUGUAUAUAAAGUGACCAUGAGGGCACUAUUUGGAGACUAUCUAGACCAUUUUGUUUUACCUUGGUUAAGCUUCCAGAGCCUCCAUUGAUCAAGAUGACAAAUCAGACAGUUUUUAUGUCGACUUAUUAAGUAAUCUUGAAAUUCAUGUUUUUUCUAUUUUUGAGGGUGCUAUUUUGAACCAGGGCCCUUGAUAUGAUAAACACUGUACAGUUAACUGUGACAUGGCUUGUGAGUCAAAGCUUUGUCCUAUCGUGGCAGUGUUGAAUUUAUGGAUUGUAUCUACCGAUGUUUUAUAUUCAAGUCUUGGGACUUGUGUGAAAUCUUUGACACUCCAAACUUGAGAUUUCUAUUUAAGGAGAAAGUGCUUAUUUUUAACUUUGGAAAUUUGUUCAUUGUUGAUAAAUUAUUCAUGUUAUUUUAUGAUUAUUGUUAAGAUUCCUAUCAUUGUUAACCUCAUUGUUUCCACGUGAUACUGGUAGUUGCCGAUGUUACUUGGUUGUACAUACUGUUGUUAUGAAGAGUCCAGGUUGUUUUGUACAGUGACCGUUGCAUGACUUGAUCAGCUGAAAUACAAUGUUCAGUAUUUCUGGUGUACAUACUAUCUUCAUGUCGAUAUUAAGCCCAGACUCACGUUGUCACAUUUGCUUUUUGUAACAUUGUGGAAGUUGGCUGUUGAAUAUUAAUAAAUAUUAAAUGGUA